GAGCUGAAGUGAGAGACAAUGGGCAAGGGAUUGUAGAGAGAGAGAGAGAGAAGAAGAAGAAGAAGAAGUAAAGGCAAGGGAAAAUUUUUGCUGGUCUCUUCCCUUAGGCUGGUUGUGGAAAUGGCCACCUUUGGAGGAACUCAACAAAAAUGUAUGGCUUGUGAAAAAACUGUGUAUCUUGUUGAUAAGUUGACUGCUGAUAAUAGGAUUUAUCAUAAAGCCUGCUUUAGAUGCCACCAUUGCAAUGGUACCCUUAAGCUAAGCAACUAUUGUUCUUUCGAAGGAGUUUUGUACUGCAGGCCUCACUAUGAUCAACUCUUCAAGCGAACUGGCAGUCUGGACAAGAGCUUUGAAGGAAUACCAAAAAUUGCCAAACCAGAAAAACCUGUCGAUAAUGAGAACGCAAGCAAAGUCUCAAAUAUGUUUGCAGGCACCAGAGAAAAAUGUGCAGGUUGCACUAAGACUGUCUACCCUAUUGAGAGGGUGACAGUGAAUGGAACUCAUUACCACAAGAGCUGCUUCAAGUGCACUCAUGGUGGUUGUACUAUAAGCCCAUCAAAUUACAUUGCACAUGAAGGAAAACUAUACUGCAAGCAUCACCAUAUCCAACUCUUCAAGGAAAAAGGAAAUUACAGCCAGCUCGAGAACGAUCGAGAGCCAGCCACCACAGAGAAAAUCACAGCCGUGCAAAUUGCUGCUGAAUCAUAAUCAUGCAGUGAUUAAAUAAAGCUGCAGCUUCUUGUCUACAACUGAUGCUCUUUACGCAUGUUCUAGCUACUCUACAGACUACACGUUAAUCAUUUUCUUGACGGGUUUUCUUCUCCUAGACCAUUGGGUCAAGGUUGUUGAUGUGUUUUCAGAUUUAAGAUUUUGUGAUAGAUCAAUGGCUACGAUUGUGGACGCCAUAAAUGUGUUACUGGGCGAGAUUGAGCGAGAUGAAGAUAGAAUGGGAUACAGGUUUUGUUUCAGAAUUUGCUUGAGAUAUGAAGAUACUUCUCAUGUCGUGAGCUUUGUAAUCAGUGCACGGUUGUUCUAAGUGAUGUCUGUUUUUUGUUUUCUUGUC